AAACCACAUGCGCGGUGUUGUGACAUUUGAACCCGAAGUCUGGUGUAUCAAGUUUGAGAGAUUGAAAUCGGUUGAUUUAUCCCCAAAAUGGCAGCAAUGCAUCUUUCCUCAAGAUUUGGUGUUCUUCGAGUCGAUGAUUCACCAGACCUGGAUUCGGACGAAGACAUGGCUGCGCAACGGAGGAAAGAGAAAGAAAUGAAAGCAGCUGCAGCUGUGGAAGCCGCGAAGAAAAAGGCGAAGAAGAAGAGGAAGGCACAGCAGCAGAGCAAUACGAAAAAUGAGCUACGGGAGAUGACUUUCACCAAGAUUGCUAGCGUUCCCAAGGUGGCUCUUGCAUCGAGUCCUCCAGCCAACAAGCCGGUUGUCGUUCAUCCCGAUGUGUUGAAGAUCGGCUCUCCUCCGGAGGGGAGUAAGGAAUGGGAGCAUUGGCACAAUAAAGACCAGGAGUUUGUUGAUGGGCAGUACCAGAAAGACAUUCAGAGAGCCAUACUUCAAAGCAAGCUGGAAUUUGAGAAAAGGGAAAAGUUCUUUCAAGAAAUCGGGCCUGCAGGGGUGGUAGUGGAUGAAGAACAAGCCAAGCUGGCUGCGAUGAAUCGGAAAGAGAGAAGAAAGCACUUACAAGGCAAAGAAAAACCGCAGCCCAUGACCUUGCAGGAGUUCCACCAAGAAGCAACGAAAGGAGGCGGUGACGUUGGUCUAGAUGAAAUAGAGUUACCUCCGCCUCCUCCUGAAGAAAACAAGGAAAUCUACACCAGUGUCAAAGAAGAGAUAAACAGAGUUAUGGCAAAGGAAAAGAAGACAAAGACGAGAAAGAAAAGAGACUCAGAAACGUCAGAGAAAAACAAUCAUGAAAUAGAUGCCAUUCGACAAGUACAGAAAGAAGAUGAGCUGGAGAAAAAGACUGCUGAAGUUACUGAGCUUCAUGAGACGAUAGACAAAUUAAAGGCAGAGCUAUCACAGGUGAAGAAGAGAAAUAAACAACUAUGCUUCAUUCUCGGGCAAGGGGAAAUGAAAGACAAAGCUGCAGUUCUACUUCAAGUGGAGGAGCUUGUAACAGAAAAGGAUGAACUCACAGCAGAGGUCGCUGAAUUGUAUGCAGCGCUGGAGCAAGAGAAGUCCAAAGUUAGCAGCCUGAAAUCAGAGAUACAAAAGCUUCAUGAAAAGACUGAUAAGAAGAAAUAGACUCUCCAACCUUCCACGUGUGAACAGUUCUUGCUUUUAAUGUUUUAAUUUGGAGCCUCAACCAGGAGGGAUAUGCAUUGAGUGGCAGGAUUAGGACUUUAUGACAGGCAGCCUUAAAAAAAAUGGACAUUAUGCAUGCAAAGAGAUCUUAAUGGAGUUACGUUGUUAUGCUUCCUGUUACUAGCAUUUCGUUUUGAUUCAUGUGGAAUAGCUGGGAAUGGUAUGCUAAAAAAUAAUGCAUCUUUGAAAACCCUAUGGUUUCAUGACAUAAGUUUUUUAGGGAUUGAUCGUAAGACUGUUUGUUAUGAUUGAUGCAGGCGCCUGUACUCUGAAUACAGUCCAGGGGGUGUCUCACAAAGAUUCAAAUUUGACUUAAAGAUAAGUACCAGUUGUGAUAAUGAUCUGAAAAUGAGUUCAAACAGAAUCCAAUAAAAUGACCACCCAAGUGUUUGUAUGUAUGAAUAAAGAUUAUCUGCCAAUCGGCUCUGGAAAAAAAUGUGCAAUUGCCGAGAUAUAAGCAAAAUAAGCAGGGAAUUCCAAAAAAUGUUGGGUAUUUUUCCAAGCAAUAUCAAUACACUGUCCCACAUAUGCCUUUUUGUGUUAGUUAUCAUCAGAAUUAUCGGUUUUCAGUUAAGAUUUCAUGCUUUCAUCACAAAGAUGAGUUGAUUUCAAUAUACUAGAUCUGGAUCUAUGACAAUAUGGUGGUGAUUAACCUUGAUUUUAAAAGCUUUCAGUCAGUCGGCAAGCCCUGAAAAAGUAGCUUCUUUUAUCCAAGUGAUAUUCAUGACUAGAGGGUUUUUGCAUUGUUAAUGAGCUUGGUGCGGACCAAAACACCUCUUUUUAUUCGGCCAUUGCUGCUCUAAAUAUAGACCAAAUUUCAGGUUUUUGGUAUCUUUGUAAAGAAGAAGAAUCAUUCUUUCAGGUCAUGUGUAUGGAUUUUUAAAAGGAUGUAAUAUAGGGAAAACUUUUGAUCUAAAACAUGAAACAAAAUAAUUUUUUUCAUGCAACAAAAGUUGUUGUUUUCACACUUAAUUUCUGUUUGAGCACAAAUGAUUUUUAGAUCAUGAUAAAGCUGAAGAUCUAAGCUUUACUAUGAUAUAAUUUUUAUAAGAAGAUGUAUUUUAGAUGGGUCAGCAGCCAGCUUUUCAUAGGCCAAGUAUAUUUAGCAGCUCAAAAACAAGAAUACUGCGCUCUGAUUGGUCAUAGAGACCACACACCCACGCAAAUUCCAAUGUUCCCCCACACUGGGCCUCUUUAAGGUCACACUCACCAUGUGGUAAUCUCUUCAAAUUACCCGCGUCUGUUGUUUUGAAAACAUUAUUCAGCCAAUCAGAACUCUGGAUUUUAUGUUACUCAGAAAUUUCAGAAAUCUCGUCUUGCAUUUUGAUGGAAAAAGCUGGCUGCUGACCCUUCUAAAAGAUGCCACAUAUCAAGAGUGACAUUGUAAGAAAGUAUAGAGUUUGAGCUUUCUGAUGAUAUAAAUAAUGUUUGUGCCUAAAACAAAAUGUUGCACAAUUUGCAAGUGAAAACAGAGGAAGAAAAUUCCGUUUGAGGCAUCUUUUCAUGCCUAAAAUUCAAUUAUUUAUCAAAAUAUUUUAUUCAAUAGAAACAAUCAGUAUAAAAGAGUAACGUUUACUCUUUCAUAUGGUACAAAAAUAAUCAGUUUUACUCAGGGAGAAAGUGGUUAAAUUCUUCGAGAAAGAAAGUCUCACAAUUCACGAGAUUUUGCAAGGACAUGAAUUCAGUCACGAGAGGACUUGGAUAAAUCUUGCUCAUUUGCUUAUUAACACAGGGGCUUGCGGACUGACUGCUUUCUCAUGAAAUAAUUGUUUGCUGCAAUUUCUUUAUUUUACCUUUUGAACUUGGAAAAUCACACUAAAAUUCCCAAUUUUGUGCAUACAUAACUCAUUACUGCAUUGGUUAGAGAUCAUGCUUAGAGGGCCUGCACUACUGCAUAGUCACCAAUAAGGUUACAUGUGAGAUUUCAUGAGCGUUUUGGCCUUUAAACACGACUCAAAGUCACACGUAGCUUUAAACACGACUUGAAGUCGCACGUAACUUCAUCACUUGAAGUCACACCUAACUUUAAACGUGACUCGAAGUCACACUUAACUCUCUGUGAAUUACCCUCCAGGUGGAUGUUUCUGUAAGUUAUGAUUGACUUUACGAACGAAUGUUAACCUUUUUGUAUGGUACAAAUCAAAUACCAUUAAAACUUGGUGUACUACCAUUUACCACAAAAAAGGGUCACCAUUGAUGUGUAUUAAAGUCAUGCGAAAAAUUAUGAAACGGCCGGCCCCCAGCUUUUGGUUUAUUAGUAUGGUCAGUAGAAAUGAAUUGUGUAUACUAUAUUCAAAUGAGACUUUUCACAGCAAUCAAUUAUUAAGUCUGGUAAGCAAAAGGAUUACCAGAACAAUUACCAUGCCAUCAUUCUAUGAUUGAUUUGAUUUGGUUUAAAACAGAGUUACAUGGACGGUAUUCGUUGCGCAGACGCCUUGAUAUUGAUCACCCAAGGUUCAAUCAGACGUAGAAAUCAACUUUAAGAUCAAUCUCUAAGCUUUCUGUUAUGGUUUUUUAAUUCCCUGUUAGAUCUUAAUUGUAUACUUCACAUGAGAUUUUAUUUCUCCAUUUUAUUGUCAUGAAAUUAUUUGAUUGUCAGUCGUAAUGGUUUUACUUCUACUGCCAAAGAUCCGUUUUAUUUAUUACCCUUUUAUAGCUCACUACUUGUAGUUGUUAAGAGCUUGAAAUGAACGUUAAAUUCCUAAAGAGAGAAAAUUUGUAUUUCUUCAUCCUCCUAUUUUACAAGAUAUUGAUAGCUAAUUUAUUUUUUAUUUUUUUCAGAUUUCCUUAUUUUUAAUAUGUAUUGAACCCUUUAUCAGCUAAAAAUAUGCAUGCUUUUAUCACAUGGUGCUAAAUUAACUUGUUACGAAGGAAAUGGCAUUAAUGAGCUUGCUGUUUUUAAUUAAUGAGUUCACUGUUUAUGUUGAUCAAUUUACAUAAAAGUUGGCUCAUUAAUGCUGUAACUUUAAUAACAAGCCUGAAUUUAGCCACCUGUGACAAAAGCAUGCAUUCAUUUUUAAAAUAAUUUUUUUCAGUAUAUGCACUGAAUUAAGUGUAAUUAAUGAUGAAAUCUGCAUAGACCAAGGUUUGGAACAACAAAUUCAAUACCACCGUAAUGAAUUCAGGCCAAUGAAUUCGAUGGAUUCACAAUCCGGUACGCCACCUAUCGGUUGCAACGGACAGGCUGAUAUUUUCACAAUACCUCAUGGGAAAAUUUUACAUCAAAAUCAUAUGCUGUGUGGUGCGCGCUGCUUGCAAGCAAUUAUGCUGCGCUUGCUGGCACGGCUCGGCGUUCUUGCAUUAACUGUUGACCAGUUGAGUACAUUUUUAGUUCGUCGACCCACAUUCACCGGAAAAAAGCUCAUUCCGCCAUGUUUAAAAGGCAGACUAAGCAGCGCCGUGGAUGGUAAACACACGCAGUCACAUUACAGUAGAUCUACACUAGCACUAUGUGCUGCAUGUGCCUGCAAUGUUGACCCCAAAGUUAGAAAUUGGCCUGUCUGGCGCAACCGAUAAGUGAUGCACCGUAUUGUGAAUCCACCAAAUGGUUGGUCAUUUCUUAUAAAUGGAUCUUUUAAAAAUACUGCUGAAUGACAGGAAUGUAAGGUUUGAGGCAUGCAAAUGUUUUAGAUGGUUUUUAAGUAAAAGGCCAUUCUGUCUUUACAUUUUAUUCCAAGCAGACUAAACUUUUAAUCAUGAUGUUCUUUGAAGUGUAAUAUUAAAUGGCAACUCCCGGUAGUAAUAUUGAAACUUUUUAGUUGAGUUUGAAUGUUGAGAAAUUAACGGGAUGUGCAUUUAAUGAGGGAAAAACAAAUAUUUGGGGAAAAGACUAUCAUAAGAUCUUGAGCACCUUAUUAAAAAUCAUAGCUGCAAGCUCCUUUUCAUCACCAUCCAUCAUAUUUCAUCAUGGACAAAACAAUUACAAAUGUGCAAAAGCAGCCGUUAGAUGUGUAGUGUUUGUUUAUAGCGGAAUUACUACAGAAAGGCACUUUACCAAAUGAAGUGUCUUUAAGUAGCACUUCUAUUUUAAAAGAAAUAAGAAUCUUCAAAGGGGAAGUUCACCCUGAUGAAAAAGUGUGUUAUAAAAAUAUCAGAAAAAAAUAAUAAAUUUUUAUGGUUUGAAGAAAAUCCAUCAAUGAUAAAGAAAGUUUUUAGAAUUUAAGGGUUUUGAUUUGUGACAUGAACGAGCUGCUGUCCUAUAUGUAAUGUAAUAUAAAAUGCAUACAUUUCCAUUUUCUUAUGGUUUGAAAUGACUCAUUUUGAAAUUGAUUUUAGGAGAUGGUGUGAAAAUAUGUAUCUAUUGAUAUACUGAAGAUACAAUAAAAAACAUUCAAUUUUUUGAGAAAAUGUCAUUUGAUUUAUUUUUUACCAUAUGAUAUGUGGGAAAGCUACUCGCAUAUGAUAUCACAAAUAAUAAAAUAACCUCAAAUAACUUUUUUAUUUGUGGAUUUUCUUCAAACCUUCACCAAUAUUUUCUAUUAUUUUUCCAGCUAUUUUUACAAUAAACUUUAUAUGUGGGUGAACUUCCCCUUUAAAAGGAGCUCUCCCUGCAUUCCACAUUAUUUUGUCUAUGAUGUACUUUGAGGAAUAAUGGUGAAUAGAUGCUUGCAAGAUUUCUGCAUGAGGGACAAAGCUCAGAGGUUUUUUAAGGUGCCUUUAUUAAAAUGGGAAUCAUUUUUUUCCUUUUCCUUUCCUUUAUUUCUGGAGGAGUACAUGUAUAAAUUAAAAAUAUGUCCUAAUUAAUAUGUGUAGCUUCUCUGGGUUAUAAAAUCAUAGAUAAUAUGUAAUAUUGAAGUGAUGGUUGUUCCAGACUACCUAAUAGCUUGCCAGACAUAGCAACAGGUGAUGUCUAUAAUAGAAUUCUUGGUAUUUCAAAUAUUUUCAUUUGGUUUCAUUUGUUCAAGGUUUAAUAGCUCCAUCCCUCGAAUCAAAUAAAAGAUGAUGUUAACUUCCAAGCGGAGUCUCUGGUUGCAUCGAUAUAUGCAAGCCCGAUUUUGUGCAAGUGUACACCCACAAAACAGUUACACAAAUUUCACUGGGAAUUUGAUGGAAGUCAAAUUUAAAAGAAAUAAGAUGCGAACCCUUCAGAGCCAAAUAGUUUGACCAUACAAUUGUAUGAUCGCACAUAACCACUUAUGCAUAUAUUUUCAUCGAGAAUGAAAUUUGAUUUUAUAUUUUAAACACUUAUCUAAAUGAGCUUUAUAUGACAAUCCUAUAAAUGUAUUCACAGUAGCUCAUACAUGUUGAGAAAGGAAGGGUGUUGUUGCAUGACAAAAGAUAAAAGGAAAAUGACAUGCUAAAGAAUAGACCCCAAGUUGAUUCAUUUCUUGGUGACCAAAAAGAAAGUAAAGCAUUCAAAUGAUGUUUUAGAAUGUGGCUGUAUCGUAAAUAGUGUUUAAAAAGACAAUUUAUUCAUCUUGUGUGUCUGAACUGAAAUGAUACAUGCAUACAACAAAAUAACACAAGAUGAGUAAGCAUUUUAUUGUUUUACCAAAGUUUAUGAACUUUCUUGUUCAAAUAAAUACUACAUUUCUUUUUGCA